AUGGCUACUUACGAGAAAGCCGAGAAAGCGUUGAAGAAGGCGGAGCAGGAGUAUGAAGAGUUGACUUAUCUUUGUCCGUCUCAUCCAUGCAUCAUAUCUGCAGUUGUCUCAGCGAAUCGAAAACGCAAAUCGAAUGAACUUUCACCCAUUGACGAGGGUUCUGAUCAACUCUGUCAUAUCUCUGACGAACGCAUGGCGAAACUCAACAGUUACAUAGAUGAUAAUCAUAUCGUCUUGUUGCGAAGUCCACCCGGGUUCAGGCAAGACGACGCUUAUCGAUCUCUUCGGAAAGCACCUAGAAAAAAAAGGCUAUAUGGUUGUGAGCAUUACGAUGCUCGGCUUAUUGGAAGUCGAUGGCAGUUUGCUGCUCCGCUUGAUGAACUUACUACAAACACUAUAUUUUUAACCUUCGAACGUAAAAUUUAG